AUGGGUAACGACUUACAGGAAAACGAAAAUACGUAUGAGAUCAAGCACAUUCAUAGCUCAGGUGUCAGAAGAGGCUCUCAGGAUGAGGCUCGUGACGCAGCUCAUCUCGAGCUGGACAAGGAAUUCACCAGGCAAAAGACUAGCUUAAGAAACCAAAAUUGGGAUGUAAUCAUCUCUUGCUUUGGGGUUUCCUUCACAGGCUUCUUUUUCGGUUACGAUACUGGAACUGUCGGGGGUAUAACCAAUAUGUCUGCAUGGCUAGAACGAUUUGGUCACUAUAAUUCGACCCUGGGAGAAUACGAGAUGGCUACUCCGUUGGUAGGGAUCAUAGUGUCCGCCUUUCACAUUGGAUGUAUUGUGGGAGGAUUCACGAUUGCUAGGCUUGCAGAUAGUCUCGGUCGCCGUAUCCCUAUUGGGAUUGCCUGUUUUGCAUACAUGGUGGGGCUUUCUGUGCAAUUGAGUGCGGGCCAUGGAAAAUGGUACCAAUACUUGAUUGGCCGGAUGAUAACAGGGUUGACAGUCGGAGCCAAUGCUGUUCUGAGCCCUAUGUUACUGUCGGAAAUUGCCCCACCACGCAUUCGAGGUGUUAUUGUGAAUUUUUACCAAAUCAAUACCACGCAUGGUAUUCUCGUCGGGUACAUAGUGGACUACGCUACAAAGAAUAAGUACUCAGAUGACAGAAUGUGGAGACUUCCGCUUAUUGGUGGGUUUAUCUUCUCGGUUGUCAUACUACCUUUCCUGAUAAAUGCACCUGAGUCUCCCCGUUAUUUGAUAAAGCAGGGUCGAUAUGAUGCCGCCAAGAAGUGCCUUGCAAGACUGAGAGGCUUAAAUUUGGACAAAUUGGCAAAGCCACAGCCCUCGCCCGAUCAACUUUCUACUCUGGAUUCCGUCGAUGCCGAGUUGCGCUUUUUGAAGGAAAACAUACACUAUCAAGAGCAGAGGCAAAGGAACGUCCAUUUCGGCCAGCUGUUUUCAAAGCGGUUUUUGAAGCGAACUAUAUCGGGAAUGUGCAUAAUGGGAUUCCAACAAAUGUCGGGCAUAGACUAUUUCUUAUACUAUGGAACAAAACUUUUCAAAUCUGUUGGUAUUGAAGAUUCUUAUAAGACUUCCAUCAUAUUGGGUGCAAUCAAUGCUGCCAUGACCUACGUGUCCAUUUUUGUGGCAGAUCAUCUGGGGCGUAAGAAAGGACUGUUGUUGGGCUCGGUAGGAUGCUUUCUAUGUCUCUUUAUAUUCUCCACCGUGGGUGUUGUUAUGAUCGACAAGGCAGACGCACCGAAUUAUCAGCUUUCAGGAGCGAUUAUGAUUGUCUUCACUUGUCUUUUUAUCGUUGUUUUCUGCUGUUCGUGGUCAGCAAUUGCCUCUGUUCUCGUCAGUGAAAUUUUCACCUUGGAAAUUAAGUCCCAGGCCAUGGCAUUUUCACAGGCGUUCAACUGGGGUUCAAAUUUCUUCAUUGCCUUAUGCACUCCAAUAAUAACAGCUAGAAUCGGCUAUGCUUUCGGCUAUGUUUUCUCCGGUUGCAUGUUUGUCGCCAUUAUAUUCGUUUAUUUCCUGAUACCGGAGACCAAAGGACUAACACUAGAGGAAAUCGAUGAUAUCUAUGACAAGGAGAAUUGA